AUGACCGUGCAGCGCCCGUCGUGGCCGCCGCUGUACUUCCCGCACUUCCACGGCACCGAGCCCGUGCCCCGCCCGCCCGGCGGCGCCUGGGCGCCCCUCGCCGCCAUGUGCUGGCCGUGGCAGCCCCUGCCAGCGGCCGCCGCCGCCGGGCCCCCGCCCCGCUACGCCGCGCUGCCCGCGCCCCUCGUCCCGGAGCCGCCGCUGCCUCCUGCGGACCCGCGGGGCCGGGUGGCGGGGGCGCGGGGCGGGGGCGCGGCGAGGCGGCGGCCGGCGGAGCAGGCGCAGCUGCAGCUGCAGGAGGAGAUGUGCGAGCUGGGCAUCCGCCUCAAGGAGCUGGAGCUGGCGGCGCUCGUCGGGGACGGCUUCGACGCCAGGCAGUAUAAACUUCUGAAGGCACUGGAAGAAAAGAAGAUACAAAGCAUGAAAGCAUUGCAGAACCUGAAAUAA